GCCUGGCCAUGGAGGCGGCCGAGCCGGAGCCGCCGAGCGCCCCUCGCCAGCUGGCCCUGGAGCAGGUGUACCGGCUGGCGGGGGCGCUGGGCUCGGAGCUGCAGCGCCUGUCGGAGCUGUGCGGGCCGGGCGCGGUGGCCGGCCUGGUGCCGCACGUGGUGUGCCUGCUCGAGCUGCUGGAGGCUCUGGCGGCGGCGGGGCCCCGCAAGCAGCCGCCGCCCCCGGCGGGCCAGGAGGUCCGGCAAGCGGUUGGGCAGCAGGAUGGAGAGCAGACUCAGACCCUCUCAGAAGGCCAGAAGAGAGAACACCUGUUGCAGGUGCGCCUGGCCCAGGUGGAAGAGGAGAACCAGAAGCUCUUGGCCCAGCUGGCUGGGGGCCAGUCCCAGACAGACCAGGCCACUCACCAAGAGAGGGCGGUGAUGCUGCGACUCAAGGAGGUGGUGGACAAACAGAGGGAUGAGAUCCGCGCUCAGGCCCAUGAGAUCCUCAGCACAAGCCAUGACGUGGAGGCGUUGCAGGAACAGCUCAGCCGCUUCAUGGCUGUGAACGAGGAGCUGCGUCGCAAACUGGCCAUUGUUCAAGGGCAGCUGAAGAAGGCUCUGAAGGAGAACGAGGGCCUGGAGGCCAGCCGGGAAGUUGAUAGGAUGAACAAGGCUCGGGUCGGAAGAGAGUCAUCUGAGCCUGGCACGGUCAAGGGUGCAGUAGCAGCAACUAGCGAGGAACCCUUCUGCACACACCCAGGGGGAAGAUGCUUCUCCAAGGAAGAACUUCAGCAGAUCCUUCAAGAGCGCAAUGAGCUCAAGACCAGCCUGUUCCUGGUGCGGGAGGAGCUGGCCUAUUACCAGCGCGAGCUGCUUAACAAUGAGCGAAUCCCCAGACUCCUCUUGGUGGCCAUGAAGUCGGCCAUCCGGAAGCAGCACAAGAAGAUCCGGGCCAAGAUGCUGGGGACAGCGGAGGAGACGGGGAGCAGUGAGGAAGAGGAGGAUGGAGGAGUGUGGCUGGCUGCACCAGACUCCGACACGGUGGACGGCCCAGUGGCCCCUUCCAGGAUCAAGAGCUUUUUUAGCCUGUGGUAUCGCAGCAGCAGCAGCAGCACCAGAGACAGCUCCGCCGAAGCCUGCUCUUCCUGGGAGAUUGUCAGUCCACAGGAGGUUGGUCCAAAGAAGGAGGAGGAGGAAGAGGAGGAGGAGGAGAGAAAAGCAGCCUGAACGGAAACUCUCCCCUGCCUUGGACCAGAUGGUUGGACCGCAGAAGUGCUCGGUCUGAGCUGCCGAUACAGAAAAGUAGCUCCAAGCAGCCAGCCUCCUGGGACACCACAGAUGCCUCUACCCUCCCAGCAGUGCCUCAGUUCCUAGAGAGGAAAGCCUGCAGGAGGCAAGGAAGAGAAGCCAUCUGGGAAACUAAAAGCCAUAUUGUCCCUGUCAAGUCCCACGCAGCAUGCGCUUGAAUUUGUGGCUCACUCUGGCAGGGGUACCUGCAGUUGGCCACGUUGCCUGCGACUGCGGGGACAGCGAGCCUCACCACCGUUCUCAAGAGCUGUUUUUUUCUUUUUGGCUGAACCACAAAUGGUGAAACACUUAUCACGUGGAAGUUCAAUCACGCCAUGCUUUCGAAGGCUUCUAAAAGGUCACCAGAAUGUCUUCGUCUCAAAAGGAACAUCCCACGAUCUAUCUCAUAGGUUCUUGAGAAUCUCCUUUUAUGGGCCCCUGGUGCCGUUUCUCACCCAGUGUUGAAAAAGAAUUCAGUCACAUUCAAGAAAGCGGCAACAGGUUAUCUUCCUCUUGUAACACGGCAGUUAUGUAGUUGUCUUCCUCUUUUAUUAUUUUAUUAUUUCAUUUUGUUACAUUUAUAUCUUGCCCUCUUCCCAACCAAGGCUGGGCUCAGGGCGGCUUUCUGGAAGCAUUUUUUCGGCGACAGUUAUCUCAGCACUCAGCCAAACCCUGCAUGCCACGGUCAAGGCGCUGCAGGACGACAAGACAAAACAAAACCCAAUUUGUGCCGUGGAAGGGGGACAGCUUUGAUCCAGGCGAGAAUCCUCGAAUUGGAAGGGGCUGUCUAGGACCAUCUGGUCCAACCCCUGCUCAAUGCACGAUCAGUCUGAAGCAUCCCUGGAAUCAUAUGAGCAGAGUUUGAUGAGGGAAAACAGAUAGGGGUUGCGUGGCCAUAGUCUGGUAGUUUUUGCUUGUAAUGUUUUACCCACAUCUAUGAGAGGCUUAGGGAGCUGGGGAUGUUUAGUCUGGAGAAGCAGAGGUUAAGG